UUUAUAUCGCGCAUCAGCUGUUUUAUGUUUUGCAGGAACGCAAUUUAAAGCAGCAUGCCGUUUAUUUCCAAAGAUUGGCGAUCGCCGGGAGAAGCAUGGGUCAAAACCGACGAGGGAUGGGAAAAGAAAAAAGUGCUGGAACACUGCAAGUCCCUGAAAUAUGGUCAAAAAAACGAUCCGUGCGACGAACAAAAGGAGUAUAUAGACUCACAGACUUCUAGUCAGCCACACUGUCAAAUUACCGUGAAAUGUACGAAAGAAAUUGCCGGUUUUAAUAAGCUGGACGAAGUUGUGAAACGACUAGACUUUCACAGUGCCGUCCACGACGUACGUAGAUUCAACUACAUAUGCGCAUUGCUGGAUCUACUGAUCGGUCAACAUACGACUGGACUCUCCGGCUGUACCCAAAAAGCGUUACUCGCCAUGCUGGAAGAAGUUGCUAAUUACGCUACAGCCAGUCAGCACAAUCCCAGAGGAUUCCGACGACUGUUAAACAAACUGAAAGCGCUGAGCACUGCUGAAAGAUCUGCCUGCUGGGGAGGUCCUUUAGGUUCGCAACUUCUCUGGCACCAACACACGGCUAAAAUAGACAGGAUACUCAACAUGGCAUCUCAGUUUCAAGUCAGGGAACCUCAUCCCGACACACAUCCGACGCUUCUACAGCUCCCCGAGGAGUGCAUCAGAGAGAUUAUAUUAAGACUGUCAGAUCCCAAGGACUUGACCGCCGGAGAACAAGCCUGUGAUCAAAUUUCGUCGAUCGUUAACGAACAAAGGGUGUGGAGAGAACUUACGAAAUUUCACUUCAACCAGCAGCAGAUUGAUCUGAUUUUACCAAAAGACGACGCGGACGUCGAUUGGAAAGCUGCGUUCCAUUCAUGCAAAAAAACGUUCGGGCUAAACGAAGACAGACAGUACGCGGAAAUGUUGUCGUUGUGCAAAUAUUGCCGCUGUCUAUUCUGGAAAUCGUUGGGUCAUCCGUGCAUCGCCGAUCAGUGUCCAGAUUAUAUGGCUCGAUUGCAAGAGGCGGGAGGAAUUACGCCUCCAAGCCCAGUGCCACCUUCCGCUUUCCUUAAAUUUUUCUCUUUGUAGAUGCCUUACUAACUGUUGUUGACAGAGUUUUCAGCUUUUCCAACUGAUCGCUGGCUGAGAACUCUGUUCUAGUCUCGAGCCACUAAGAAUGGCAGAAAUAUUUUUAUUACAGGAUGUUGAGCGUAGUUUUUUGUUUUCAUUUGAAAAACUGAAUAUGCUAAGGAGCAAUAUGAGGUUGUGCGUUGCUGCACUCUUGUUUCGCGCGUACAAAGUUGUUACUUAUUUGCUCAGUUUUUUUAGAUGGUUGAGCACUGAAGUCCGAUCUCAGUUUUUCAGAGUGUUCAACAUUUUGCAAUUGAUUUGAUGUUAACCAAACGUGUUUUGUUCCUUAUUUUCAUAGAAAAAAAAUGUGGAUU